AUGUAUCAUGAUUGGACUAAUGCUUUUGCUGCUGAUUUUACUGUAGAUGAUAUGAUAAAAAAAACCGAACUCGCAUAUUAUUGUUCAAAUUUAAUUAUGAGUAUAUAUGCUACUGCUGUUUUUAUGUAUGUUGGUGUAUUUCUCGAAUUAAAUCAUCAUGAUCAAGGAAAUCGAUCUAAUUUAUCAUCAGAAUUAUUAAUAAAAAUGGAUCUUCCUUUUACAUAUGAUGAAAGUCCAAUAUAUGAGUAUGUAUUUAUCGUACAAUUUAUUCAACUAUUUUUUAUAGCAUCUGGUAUUGCUGUGUUAGAUGCCUUAAUAAUAACAUUGUUACUUAUAAGAAUAUCAUUCUUUUAUAUUGCUAUUACGUUGGAAGCUUUUAUUUUUUCCAUUGCUGGAGAAUAUCUUAGUAAUAAAAGUUUAUCAGUUAGUACUUCAGCUUAUGAAUUUCCUUGGUAUUUAUUAAAUCCUAAGAACAGAGGUAUAAUGAUUCUUCUUAUGGUAAGAUCACAAAAACGAUUAACAAUUACUGCUGGAAAAUUUAUGGAUUUAUCUAUGCAAGGUUUCGCAAAUGUCUUAAAGGCUUCAGCAUCAUAUAUAUCAAUAUUAUAUGCAAUGUAUUAAUUACGAGGAUCAUUAUACUUCGUCCUGAGAAAUAGAAUAUGUAUGAAUAUGUAUUGGAAUAUGUUUACAGAUUGAAAAUAUAUUAUUUGAAUGUAUUAUUAAUUAUAUAUAUAUAA